CAGCUGAACUGGGAGCUUGAACUCAAGCUGCUUUGGAAGCCAAAACGAGUAGAUGACAGGUCAUUCCUGACUCAGACGGCCUCUGGGCAAGUCAGGAUUGCCCUUCAGGUCAGAAGGACCAUGCAGAGGAGAGAGGACAGAACGGUGCUCAAGGGUGCUCCCCAGGACUUGAGCUGAGACCCAGAGUUUUUUGGGGACUGAGGUUUUCUCGCCCCCUCCCUGUGCUGAUGGACUGCACAUGACACUGACCAGCCCCUCCUUGCUGCAGUGCCGGGAGUUCCGCACUCUGUGCUGGGGCCAGCCCGGCACCAGGCAGACACUUCAGCCCUUGUUGGGAGAACAGAGAGGCUCUCUUGUCCACUGCACGUCCUCAGCCCCAACUGCCAGUUUUCUCUGGACGUCUCUCCUCAGGCUUAGCAGAACCUACCCCAUCACAGCUGCAGAAUGGCCUCUAGCCCAACCAAGACCCCCAGCACCCAGUCUACAGGGGCCAGUGGAAACAUUAACCUGGGACCCUCAGCCAACCCAAAUGCCCGGCCCACAGACUUCGACUUCCUCAGGGUCAUUGGUAAAGGGAACUAUGGGAAGGUGCUGCUGGCCAAGCGCAAGUCAGACGGGAUGUUCUACGCCGUCAAAGUGCUGCAGAAGAAGUCCAUCCUGCAGAACAAGGAGCAGGGCCACAUCAUGGCUGAGCGCAACGUGCUGCUCAAAAACGUGCGGCAUCCCUUCCUCGUGGGCCUGCGCUACUCCUUCCAGACCCCAGAGAAGCUCUAUUUCGUGCUCGACUAUGUCAAUGGCGGAGAGCUCUUCUUCCACCUGCAGCGAGAGCACCGAUUCCUAGAGCCGCGGGCGAGGUUCUACGCUGCCGAGGUGGCCAGCGCCAUUGGCUACCUGCACUCUCUCAACAUCAUUUAUAGAGAUCUGAAACCAGAGAACAUUCUCUUGGACUGCCAGGGACACGUGGUGCUGACAGAUUUCGGCCUCUGCAAGGAAGGUGUGGAGCCCGAGGAGACCACAUCCACAUUCUGCGGCACCCCCGAGUACCUGGCUCCCGAGGUGCUUCGUAAAGAGCCUUAUGAUCGGGCUGUGGACUGGUGGUGUUUGGGGGCAGUCCUCUAUGAGAUGCUGCACGGCCUGCCGCCAUUCUAUAGCCAAGAUGUGACCCAGAUGUACGACAACAUUCUGCACCAGCCACUGCAGAUACCUGGGGGCCGGACAGUGGCCGCCUGUGACCUCCUGCAAGGCCUUCUCUGCAAAGACCAGAGGCAGCGGUUGGGCUCCAAAGCUGACUUUCUCGAGAUUCAGAACCACGUGUUCUUCAGCCCCAUCAACUGGGAUGACUUGUACCAUAAGAGGCUGACGCCACCCUUCAACCCCAAUGUGGCAGGACCUGCUGACCUGAAACACUUUGACCCGGAGUUCACCCAGGAAGCUGUGUCCAAGUCCAUUGGCUGCACCCCUGACAAUGUGGCCAGCAGCUCUGGGGCCUCAAAUGCCUUCCUGGGAUUUUCCUACGCGCCAGAGGAUGACAAUGACACCUUACACUGCUGAAGUGAUGCGCCUGUGAAAGCACGGAGGUCGGCUGGCAUGAGUAAGGAACGGCUCAGAGAAACACAGGCUUUCUGUCCAACAGCACUGGGUGGCCCAGGGGCUGGCGAGAGGUCCCCCAAUACUCGGCAGCAUCCCGUGUUCCUGCUCUGCCCUCUUCGGCAAACAGCGUCCUAUUCUAGGGUGGCUGCGUCAUCACAAGAUGGUUCCUGGGGCUCUAGCUCCCAGUGUUGUGUUUUGGGUGGGAAAUGGAAGAAAGAGAGAGAGCAAAAUGGCACCUUUAAAGAUCUUUCCCAGAAGUCUCCCUCCCCCAGUGAUCUCCCAGGUACCCACUCCCCCCGAGAUGGAGCCUGGCGGUGUGGCUUACUGGUUGGACGCAGGGCUAGCUCUCAUAGUAAAGGGAUUCUGACCCUGGAGGAGGAGAGCAUGCCAAGUAGGCAGCCAGCACUCUUCACUAGGGAGCCUCUUGGUGUUUGGAUUUUGCCCUCAAGGCAUAAAACACUAGAGAUGUGACAACCCUAGAGGGUGU